AAUUUAUUUAUUCAAUUCCCACUUUCUUUUUCUCUCUCCUUGCAAAUCGAAAGAAACUUUUUAUAAUGUCUCUUACACUUGCAAAAUUUUCUCCAUCACUACAAAUGCCUUACAAGGUUGCACGAUGCCAGAUUGUUGAUACAAUUUCGUUGGAUGGUGGAGAGAAAACAACAAGGAGAAGCAAGCUGGUGGAGAAAACUAAAUUAUCAGUUUCUUGUUCUGAUACAGCAUGGAUUAUGGAAAAUCAGCAACUUGAUGGAUCAAAGAAAUCUCCCAAAACUUAUCCACCACAAAUCUACAACCAGCUUUGUGCAAUAGACAAUCUCCAGAACUUGGGAAUUGAUCAUAAGUAUUUCAAAAACGAAAUAAAUAAUACUUUGGAUAAUAUAUACAGAUUAUGGUUGCAGAGAGAUGAAGAGAUAUAUUUAGAUGUCACUUGUUGUGCUUUAGGAUUUCGUCUACUACGAUCAAAUGGAUAUGAUGUCUCUUCUGAUUCACUAAACCAAUUCUCUGAAGAAGAACAAUUUUUCAGUUUAGUGAGUCCACAAUUUAAAAGCACAAAUACGAUAUUGGAGUUGUUCAAGGCUUCAAAGUUAAUAAUAUACGAAAAUGAACCUAUUCUUGAGAAGUUAGAAGCCUGGACAGAUUCUUUCUUGAAACAACAAAUACUUAUUGGUGCCAUUAAAGAUUCUAAACUACAUGAAAAGGUCGAUCAUGCUCUAAGAUAUCAAUACGACACUUUGGAUUUUCUUGAGACCAGGUGGGAAAUUGAACAUCAGAAAGCAAAUAGUGUUAAACUUCUGAAAUCAUCUUAUAGCCGGUUUAACGACGAUGAUAGCGAAUUAGUGGAGCUGGCAAUCAAGGAAUAUAACAUGUUACAGUUGCUAUAUCAAAACGAAUAUAAAGAUCUUGAGAGGUGGGUUAAGAUUGGGAAAUUUGAUGAAUUAGAAUUUGCAAGGAUAUUACUACUAUUUUGCUACUACCCCGUUACUGCAAUCCUUGUUGCUCCUCAAUUUGCAGAUGCUCGAACCUCUUUUACUAAAAAUUGUAUUGUAGCUACCGUUGUUGAUGACUUUUUUGACGUUGCUGGUUCUAAGGAAGAACUAGAAAACCUAGUUCAAUUGAUCGAAAGGUGGGGAGAAGCUAAAACUAUCGGCUAUAGCUCUAAGCAAGUCGAGUUUAUAUUUUUAGCACUUGAAAGCAUGAUUAAAGAGCUUGACGUCAUUGCAUUCAAACAUCAUGGAAGAAAUGUUGAGCAACACUUAGUCAAAAUAUGGUAUGAAUUGGUCAAGUCUAUGAUGAAAGAAGCUGAAUGGACUAGAGAGAAUGCAACACCGUCGCUAGAUGAAUAUAUGAAAAAUGCAUACAUUUCUAUGGCAUUAGGACCAAUUUGUUACAUAACAACCUAUUUUCUUGGGAUAACAUUACCUGAGGAAGUAAUGGAUGGCCCACAAAUAUAUAAUUUAUUUAAGCAUAUCAGUUUGGUCGGUCGACUUCAUAAUGAUAUCAGGACUUUUAAGAGAGAACGUGAACAAGGUAAAUACAACAGUGUAGCACUACGUAUAUUUCAUAGUCAAGGAAGCAUGACAGAAGAAGAAGCUAUAAAAGAGACAAAACAAGACAUUGAAAAGUAUAGGAAAGAAUUACUCCGGCUCUCAAUACAAGAGAAUUCGAUACCAAAACCUCUCAAGGAUUUCUUCUGGAAAUGCGGAAAAAUGAUGUACUAUGUAUAUAUGGAAAAUGAUGGCUACUCAAAUCCCAAAGAAGAAAUGGCCAAUGAUGCCAAACUUGUAAUAUGGGAACCACUUUCUUUUGCUUAAUAGUUAGCUAGAAGCUUAAAGCAAAUGAAUUUGCAAUUUUAGCACAAAUUUUUAGUUUAUCAAUCUAAUAUACAAAUUAUCAACUAUUAAUAAUUUGGAAUAUCAAACAAUAUUAAUGUGUUGAUGUUCA